AUGGUGUACGUUUUCAUCUGCAAGAACGAGGGCGGCAAGUGGACUGCCAAGGGCCGUGGCGAGACCGCCGCCGACCUCACCGCCGAGGGCGAGGACUUCUUCGCCGUCGAGAAGGCGCUCAAGCAGACCGUUCUCGAGCACGCCAGCUACUCUGGUGCCGUGCAGAUCUCCCACACCAUGGUGACCCCAAAGUCCAGCGUCUUUGUGUGCCAGCUUGGUGGCGCCCCUGUUGGCGGCGCUGCCGUUGCCGGCGCCUCUGGCGAUGCUGGUGCCCCUGCUGCAGAGGAGGCCGCGCCCGAGCCCGAGGAAGAGGAGGAGUCCGACGACGACAUGGAUGGCUUCUCCCUCUUCGACUAA